AAGACAAACAAAGGGCCCUUCGACUUCUAGCUCCCCUCUUUGAUACGCCCUACUCUCUGCAUUUUGAAAAGCCUAGAAAGUGGGAAAAUUGAUAAAGACAGUGAGAGAGGUAGAAGAAGAAGAUGUUCUACAGAGGGAAAUAUGUGGACAGUGGUGAUGGGCGUGAAAUGGGUCUGAAAAGGCAGAGGUUGCUUGAUCAGAGUUCUUCAUAUUAUGGGUCUUCUCCAGGUUCAAGUGAUAUGUUCAAUCCUCCACAUCCAACACCAACUCUCUUGCCUCCUCCACCUUACUCUUAUAUUGGUCAGCCUCCACCUUUCCCUGUAGUUCGCCUUCGUGGCCUUCCCUUUGAUUGCUCAGAAGUUGAUAUUGGUGAGUUCUUCCAUGGCCUGGACAUAGUUGAUGUUCUCUUUGUCCACCAAGGCGGCAAGUUCACCGGGGAAGCUUAUUGUGUUUUGGGGUAUCCUCUUCAAGUUGAUUUUGCCCUUCAGAGGAAUAGGCAGAAUAUUGGCAGGAGAUAUGUUGAGGUUUUCAGAAGCAAGAGGCAGGAGUAUUAUAAGGCAAUAGCAAAUGAAGUGUUAGAUGCUCGAGGUGGUGGUGGUUCACCUCGCCGGGGUGUCCCAAGAGCCAAGUCCUCUGAUGAGGGGAAGGAUUUAGCUGAACACACCGGAGUAUUGCGAUUGAGGGGAUUGCCAUUCUCAGCUAACAAGGAAGAUAUUAUGGAUUUUUUUCAAGAUUUUGUUUUCUCAGAAGACUCGAUUCACAUUACCGCUACUUCAGGGGGAAGGCCAACUGGGGAAGCAUUUGUGGAGUUUGCAAGUGCUGAAGAUUCAAGAGCUGCAAUGGCUAAGGAUAGGAUGACCCUGGGGAGUCGCUAUAUAGAGCUUUUCCCUUCAACACCUGAGGAGUUGGAGGAAGCAAUUUCGAGGGGCCGGUGA